ACCCUUCUUCGCGUUGCGGAGCACGCGGGUAACCCUAGUAGAUACUAAAGAUUCCUAUAUGGCCUUGGCCUUGAGGAUCCAGCGUGCGUAGGGUUGUUGUUAUUUUGUAAUUUUCAGAGAAGUCCACAUUGAGGUAGAUGUACAUCAGUUAACACAAUACAAAACCUUUAGGUAUGUGUUACCUACUCUAAAAAGAAAGAUGUCUGCAUUUGUGAUUUCAAAACUGCAAUGAAGAGCCAUUAAAUCAAAAUAUUUGACCAACCCUUGUUUGGCUGCGUCAACACCACCGAUGGAACCAAAGUGGUCUCGGGAGGGCUCUGCUGACAGCGACGAAGAAUGGGGUUUGAGGCGAUCCCAGAGACGGAGGGACUCCACUCCCAUAGACAGUCACGGAUCCGAGGGCGUCCUUGAGCCGGUUGUUAAAGAGGAGAUAAAGAUUGAAGUCCCUUCACCAGGGAUUGAGCGGCCGUCGUCUCCCUGGGUGUCGGACGACGACCCUUUGUCGGACAAAGCUCUGCAGUCUCUGGCGAGGGAGCAGAAGCUGCGGAGUCGGUCGCCGUCACCGUCUGAAGACUUCAUCGGGUUCACGGAGUUGGACCGGGACAAUGCCUGGUUCAUCUCCAAUGUAAAAAAGAAUCUGUUACCGGGCUGUUCGCCGGACAAUCAAGACUCUACAGAAGUCUUCGCUGAAGGGGUGUUCAUCAAGAGUCAACGUCUCGUCAUAAACUACCGGGACGUGGAUGGUCUCGAUGAUGGUAACAUAUUUUGUGACGUGUGCUGCCGUGAUUGGGACGGUGAAUGUCGUGUCCAUGGGCCGCUGAAGGUCAUACCCGAUACCAAGGCACGACCCGGUAUCGGAGAUGUCGACAGGGACCUCAAGACGCUGCCGCCUUCUCUCAGCUCUGGUCAGUCGAGGAACCCGGCAUCUGGCACUGGAGUAUUUGCGGAGGAUGAGCUGCCGGUGCGCCAAAGACUCGGUCCUUACGAUGGCAUCUUGACCACGGAGCAGGGUCAGGCCCGAACCACUGGGUACAGCUGGCAGAUCAAGAAGGGUCAACGCGUGCAUCACUCUGUGAAUGCCGAGGACCCGAGCUGCAGCAACUGGCUCAGAAGGGUCAACUGUGCCCGCUCGGAGGAAGAACAAAACCUGGUGGCCUUCCAGUACCGGGGUCAGAUAUACUUCAGGACGUCAAAGCCCAUUCAGAGGGGCUCAGAGCUGCUGGUUUACUACGGAGACGACGCGGCCCGGGAGCUGACCGUCCACUCGGAGACGUCUGGGGAGUCUGUGACUUCCUCUCCGGCCGGACCGUCAUCCUCAGGUAUUGGAGGUGCACUUCACUGUCCCCACUGCCACUUGAGAUGUUUGGGACAACAACGUCUGGACAGACACGUGAAGAGAUGUGUCGAUCACGUCGGCAGGAACGACAGAUUCAAGUGCGAGUGGUGUCAGUACUCGACCAACAAAGUCACCGAUAUGAAACGCCACCGUAGGACUCACACGGGAGAGCGGCCGUACUGCUGCUCCAUCUGCCAGGCUCGGUUUGCUCAACGGUCAACCCUCACCACACACAUGCGGACCCACACGGGGGAGCGGCCGUACGGCUGCUCACACUGCCAAGCCCGAUUCGCUGUUCGGGCAAGCCUCACUAAACACAUACGCAACCACACGGGGGAGCGGCCUUAUGGCUGUUCCAUCUGCAUGGCACGGUUCGCUGAGCGGGGAAAACUCACCAGACACAUGCGGACCCACACUGGGGAAUGGCCUUAUGGCUGCUCCAUCUGCACGGCACGGUUCUCUCAACGGGCAAACCUCACCAGACACAUGCGGACCCACACUGGGGAGCGGCCUUACGGCUGCUCCCUCUGCACGGCACGGUUUGCUGAACGGGCAAAACUCAUCAGACACAUGCGUACCCACACGGGGGAGCGGCCAUACUGCUGCUCCAUCUGCACGGCAAGUUUCGCUCAACAUGGAAACCUCACUAUGCACAUGCGGACCCACACGGGGGAGCGGCCAUACUGCUGCUCCAUCUGCACGGCAAGUUUCGCUCAAGCUGUAAAGCUCACCAGACACAUGCGGACCCACACGGGAGAGCGGCCGUAUGGCUGUUCCAUCUGCCAGGCACGGUUCACUCAACGUGCACACUUCAUCACACACCUGCGUAGCCACACGGGGGAGCGGCCGUACGGCUGCUCACACUGCCAAGCCCGAUUCGCUUUUCGGGCAAGCCUCACUAUGCACCUACGCACCCACACUGGACAGCGGCCAUACGGCUGUUCCAUCUGCCAGGCACGGUUUACUGGACGAACAAAUCUCACCAGACACAUGCGGACCCACAGUUAGAGAGCGGCUGUAUGGCUGUUCCAUCUGCCAGGCACGGUUCACUCAACGUGCACACUUCACCAAACACCUGCGGAGCCAUAAGGGGCAGCGGCGCAGCAAUUCUCAAUAACAGAUCAUCUUUAAAGGGAUUAUCAGGGUUUGAAAAUUGAAAGGAAUCGGAAUGUAUUGCAUAUCAGUUAAGUCUCCAGACUCUGCCGAUUUCAACGAUAUGCAUAAAAUGCCUAUUGAUGCUAUACUUUGCAAGUUAUAGCCGUUUGAAAAACGACAAAAAUGUACUUACUCCCGCAAAACAAGUACUUGAGCGGUCAGAUUGGCCCAUCACUAUAAUGUAAACAAAGAGCGGCCUUGCGAAAUUUUGCGGGACUGAGGAUUUCUACAAGAUUUCGGUGAUAGGCAUUGGUUGUCGAUAUACGAUGGAUUUUUGGUGAAGAACUCGAUUGAAAUGGAAACAAAUUGAAGAUUUGCUUGUCUAAUUGAAGAUUUGA